AUGUCGGUCACGACGGGUAUAAAGAUCUGGGUACUCGUGUCAUUCAGCCCGCGCUCUCUCGUCUCCUCGGAAUAUGUCGGAAACAAGCCUAUCCACGCAAUUAUCUGUGCUGAAGUCGCAGCUCUCGACUGUUAUUUGCUGGAUUUCGGGCUUGAGGUUGAAUUUAUAUGGCUCCGAUAUCUCGGUAUAACUUGGGCCAUCUCAAUCUUAUUAUAUACCCUAGAAGUACCUAUGCCUGCGAAACUUCAUGCAUCUAUUACUGAGAGCACACGAGGAAUGAUGGCUCUUCGAGUGUAUCUGCUUCUCGUUGGAGUUACACGCAUGCACAUCUGGGCCUCAAUUUCUCUCCUCACAGGCUUUGUUGUUGCCCAGGGCACCAGUAUCAUUGCAACCGUGCUUUACGUCGCUGCUACUGCUGGAUACAUCUCGGAUGUUGAUGUCCUAGGUUACGAGUACUGCAAUGACUUGUUCGCUUUGAAUCCCCACAUGGGACAGCUAACACUAAACAUCCUACUGCCAAUGUCGUAUGCCACAAUGCUCGCGUACGAAAUCAUGCUGGGAUUGGCUGUACUAUAUUAUGGCUUGAAGCGCUUGCGGACGGGAUCAUAUCAGUGGCGCCAGCCUAGGCGUACCCUCGGUAUAAUGGCGACAAUCAUGCUAAGGGAUAAUUUCUUGUACUUUAUCGCAAACGCCUUUCUUUCGGCCAUAAUGAUAAUAUCGCAAGCACCAACACUACAAAAAUCUCUCGUAUGCAACAACAUCAGCGUCGCGAUCCAAUACCUCCUUUUUACUAUGAUCGGACCCCGCGCUAUACUCAAUUUGCGCAAGCAGCAUGCCGCAGGUAUCGGAGAAAGAUACGAUAUCGAGAUGACCUCGUUGCGUUUUGUCAGUGUUACACUUGUACCUGAGGAAGGGGAGUAUCAGGCGAUGUGA